GAUAGGCAGGAGCGCGCAGACUCCGCUGCGCUUGUAGUCAGCGUGGCUAUAUAAGUCCACUCAGCAUCUUCUCUUCAAGAAACUUCAGAGUGAAGGAGGGCGAACCGGCAACCCAACACGGCUCCACUGGACCCAUACAAACACUGAAGAUUCCUGCCGAUAUCCUGAAAUGAAGCUCAAUUUAUUUGGUACCACCGUGAUUCUGCUUGUUGCCUUCUCACCGCGCUACGAAUGUCGAGCUCUUGAGAGCCCUGGCGGUGCCCUGCGCAUCCCCGCUCCUCAGUCCCCGAACUCCCAGCAGCAGCAGCAGCAGCAGUCUGGCCCCAUCCUGGAGCGGCUUGGAGAGGAGUAUUUCAUCCGGCUGGGAAACGGGGACUCGAACUCUUUUCCGCCCUCGUCAAUGUUUGCCGAAGAGUCUCCUGCCGUCUACAACAGAGCGCUGCAGCUGCAACUGACGCGGCGGCUCUUACAAGGCAAAGUUGGCAACAUUAGAGCGCUCAUAAGCGGCUUCGCAGAUCGCGGGGACGACUCGAUGGAGAGAGGACGGAGGUCCGAGGACCCACCCAUAUCCCUGGAUCUGACCUUCCACCUGCUGCGAGAGAUGAUGGAGAUGUCCCGGGCGGAGCAGCUGGCCCAACAAGCGCAGAACAACAGAAGAAUGAUGGAGCUCAUCGGUAAAUGAAGACCCGUCUCCUCUCCAAAGACCCCUUUAUAGUUUAUUUAUUUAUAUUUUCAACCAUCAGCACAAAACAUGCUGUACUACAAUGUCGUGCUGCUUUCUCACUCUAUUGUUUAACGCUUUUACCCGAGAUGAAGGAGUGAUUCAAAUGGUGUCAGUUCUCUCGAAUUACACUGUUAUUCAUGUUGAACUGGAUUCUUUGGUCGAGCCGGCGCUUACUGCAUUCUUAAACUCCGUUUGUUUAAAAGAAAGAACCACUGUAUUUAUGACAUUUAUGUUUGUUAAUAAAAUGAUGUGCAACCA